CCCAAAAAAUACCUAUAACAAAAAAUUUCUAAAACCUUACUCCGUGUUAGCGCGACCUCCACUCCCCCAUCCCUUUUUCGUUUUCCGAUCACCGGAGACCAGCCCCAUUCCGCCACCGCUUCCUACCGCCCCGCCGCUCCAGCUCCCUUGCCGCUUCCCUCUCCCUCUCCCUCUCCUCUGUUAUCUCAGGCUAGCGUAGCUAGCGCAGCUGUCGCAGGAAACCUGCGAUUUCGUUCGAUCAGGAAAUCGCAUUACAGCUCUCUCUUCGAUUUCCGGCGACUCCAGUGCAAGUGGUCAACUCCAGCCUCUCUCGGGUGGACGACGAAGCUCCGGUCUUCCUCCGGCGACUCACCUUCCCAUUUACCGGCCUGAGUGCGGCGCAGUAGCGAGAAAGAGUGAGUUGAGCGUGAGCAGUGUUUUUACGAUCGCUCUAACUGGAAAAUUUUGAUUUCCGGCGUAUUCUACCGUUGGAGCUGGGAUGAAGUGGGUCACAUGGGUUUAUGAGAACGGUCUAUGAUACCGUCGGCCAUAUAUGGGGAGUUCGGCGGCCUCGUGUGCAUCUGAUGAUAUAUAUUGCAAUAGGACAUCUCGAUCAAAACAUGUAGAGGAAAAUUGCAAAUAAGAUAUGCAAAAAGCUACAAAUCGGUAAAAUGAAUGUGAAAAACUCGGCAAAGGAUAUUAGAAGCGUGGGGCCUAAGAUGAAAUCUAGCCAAGAGUUUAUAUCUGGAGCUAUCAUGGAUGAAAUAAUGGAAGCCAUGAGUUACGGUAUUCGGAGAAAGUCACGAAAGUCUAAGAAAAAAGGUAGGAGAAGGGGAUCAAAGAAUAAGCUUAGCCCUGAAAUCACUAAGAUGCUGGGUGAUGGCACUGUUCUGUAUGCACAUGGCCGUUAUGAAGAGGCCAUAUCUAUUCUGAAUGAAGUUGUUAGGCUAGAGCCUCGUGUGCCUGAUUCAUACCAUACACUUGGUCUUGUCCAUAUGGCACUUGGUAAUGCUGAAAAAGCAAUGGGAUUUUAUACAAUUGCAGCACGCCUUAUGCCAAAAGAUUCACCUUUGUGGAGAAUGCUCUUUUCCUGGUACAAUGAAAGAGGAGAUUUAGCUAGAGCCUGGAUGUACCUUUCUAAAGCUAUAAGGGCAGAUCCUAAUGAUAUUACAUUGAGAGUUCUUCAAGCAUCAAUCUAUGUUAAACUCGGAGAUUUUCAAAGAGCCGCUGAGUCUUAUGAACAAAUAUCACAAAUCUUUCCUGAAGAUGUUGAAGCUCUGAAGAAAGCUGCUAAGUUAUAUCUUGACUGUGGCCAGAAAGAGCGAUGUAUCAAUAUUUUGGAGAACUAUCUCAAGGCUCAUCCAUCUGAAGCUGAUUCUAGUGUCAUUGAUUUGCUAGCUUCUAUACUUAUGGAAACCAAUGCACAUAAUAAUGCUCUUCAGCAUAUUGAGAAUGCUCAUUUGGUUUACUACUCUGGAAGGGAAAUGCCUUUGCAGUUAAAAAUCAAGGCAGGAAUUUGCCAUAUUUACCUUGGAAAUAUUGAACAGGCAGAGGUUCUAUUCAGUAACCUGGAAUUGGAGAAUGCCUCUAAUAAUGAUAAAGUGUUUGUGGAUAUUCCUGAUGCAUUUAUGAAGCUUGGACAUUUUCAUGCUGCCUUGAAGUAUUAUCAUAUGUUGGAGUCAAAUGCUGGUGUUGACAAUGAGGGUUAUAUAUGUUUGAAAAUUGCUCAAUGUUACUUAUCCUUGAAAGAUCGCGUGAAAGCAAUCAUGUUCUUCUACAAAGCUUUGCAUGCGCUUGAAGAUAGUAUUGAUUGUCGAUUGGCUUUGGCAUCACUUAUUCUUGAAGAUGGUAAAGAAGAUGAAGCUAUUUCUUUGCUAUCACCUCCUGAAAGUUUAGAUUCUGUUAACUUGAGUUCUGAUAGACAAAAACAGUGGUGGCUUGAUGGGAGAAUAAAACUGAAAAUAUGCCACAUAUAUAGAGCUAAAGGAAUGUUUGAAGAAUUUGUCAACACGAUAUUCCCUUUGGUUCGUGAAUCACUUUAUGUCAAAACGCUACGACAGAAGGUAAAAAGAAGAUUGACAAUAAGUGUACUCCGUGAAAGAACCAAGAUCCUAGAUGUUGGAGAAACUGUUGAUGUAUUUGGUGGAGUCAGACCAUUGGCGGCUCCCCCAGAUCUAGCGAAAGCUUCUAGAGCAAGGAGGUUGCUUCAGAAGAAGGAAGAAAAAAAAGCUGAGGCCAGGGCUGCCGGCAUUGAUUGGCAUAGUGAUGAUUCAGAUGAUGAACCUUUGGAAGAAGUCAGAGUCCCACCCCUUCCUAAUUUUUUGAAGGAUGAGGAGCAUCACAAUCUGAUUAUAGAUUUGUGCAAGGCACUGCAAAUGCUGCAACGGUAUUGGGAAGCAUUGGAGAUUAUUAACCUUACACGCAGUUUGGCAUGCGAGAAACUGCCUGUUGAGAAGAGGGAGGAACUUCAGUCUCUUGCUGCACAAAUAUCAUACAAGACCACAGAUCCUAAGCAUGGGUUUGACUGUGUAAAAUCAGUUAUUAUUCAACAUCCAUACAGCCUUGCUGCCUGGAAUUGCUAUUACAAAAUAACUUCAAGGUUGGGAAAGAACUAUUCAAGGCAUGCAAAAUUUCUACGCCAUAUGCGAUCCAAACACGAUGAUUGUGUGUCACCAAUAGUAAUUUAUGGGCAUCAGUUCACGCUAGCUAGCCAUCACCAAGAUGCUGCGAGAGAAUAUCUAGCAGCUUAUAAACUGUUGCCAGAGAAUCCUCUAAUUAAUCUGUGUGUGGGUACGGCCUUGAUCAAUUUAACUCUUGGAUUUAGACUUCAAAAUAAGCAUCAGUGUCUUGCACAAGGCUUAUCUUUUCUCUAUAAUAAUUUGCGGCUUGCUGAAAACAGUCAGGAAUCGGUGCAGGAGGCAUUAUAUAAUGUUGGUCGCGCAUGCCAUCAAGUUGGGCUUCUAUCUCUAGCAGCUUCUUAUUACGAAAAGGUGCUCAAAACCAGUGAGAAGGAUUACCCAAUUCCAAAACUUCUGAAUGAGAAUUUAGAUGCUCCAGAAAGUCUAAAACCAGGUUACUGUGACCUGCGUAAGGAGGCAGCUUACAAUUUACACUUGAUAUACAAGAAAAGUGGAGCAUUGGACCUUGCUAGGCAGGUCUUGAAAGAUCACUGCACUUUCUGAGUAAUAUGCUCCAAAUACAUGUUUAUAUUUUCACUGAAAUAUUACGUAAUUGAUCUUGUAUAUAUACGAUAGCUUUAUUUUUUUUUUUUUUUCUGAUUCUCUUUUUCCAGUAAAUGCCUUAUUCUUCUCCAUAUAUAAUUAUUACAGAUCUGGUGUGGUGUGUAUGCCUAACGUAGGCAAAGUAUGGGAAAUACUUAUUUAUGUUGGAUUUACACUCA